UUUAGAUCUCUCUCUUUUUUUUUUUUAAGUCGCUGUUUUUUUUAUCAACAAAUUUUGAGAAACUUGCGGGUGUCAUCAGAGACAGGUGACAGAACUCGCGCAAUUGUAACCGAAGAACCUUCCUGACCUUUAUCCAUGCCUUUAGGCACGGAUGAGCCCUAGACUUACGAUUCUCUCUAGACUUACGUUUGCGUGAAGUUGAUGUCUCUGACGUACUGUACUCACUUCAGGUGCUUCGUCGUGUGCACUAGUGAUGCAAAACUAUUGAUAGUUGGCUAUUGCUGCUUGCAGUGCAUCCAUACAUUACAGCUAAAUGGAAAGAACUUGUGCCACACACGAUUCUGUUUUCGUUGUCACUGUGCAAGUGCAAAAACAAAGAGGGGAAUUAAAUGAUUAUCGUAACACUAUUGAUACUACUAUCAAUCGCCGACUAUCGAUAAUUUUUUGGCACUAUCGAUUGUUUUGAAAAGCUAUCAAUUGUAUCGAUAGUCAAUUUAUCAAUAGGUUUGCAUCACUACUGUGCACUCCUCCUAGCUUCCUCAUUGCUCCAUUUAUGAAUGUAAUUUCAAAUAUGGGAAAAAAACAAAUCUGAGGUGGGCCAUGUGAAUUCCCACAUGAUCUCAGUGUGGGCAACGAAAGCAGCUGGCAACGCAAUAUGCCCGAGUUACAAAGUUUUGUGCAUCAGGCAAGAAAUGCUCUGUGCUGUACAUAUUAGUCACACACAGGAAAAAGCUUCCUUGGUGGUGAUGAACAUUUUGGUCCCACUAAAUGAGAUGUGUACCCAGUCUAUGCUGUCAGGCCAUUGACAAUUCGAGGCCAAUGCCUCAUCCACUAAUGAAAACACACACAGCAAGUUUCAUGGUUUAAUGGCAUACAAUGUCAGCAAGGCCGGCUUGGAUCAACUGACGAGAACAGCUGCACUUGAGCUGGCUCCCGACGGAGUUCGUGUCAACGCUGUAAACCCUGUUGUCAUUGUCACGGACGUGCACAAGCGUGGCGGUAUGAGUGAAGACGACUAUGCCAAGUUCUUGGAACACAGCAAGACAACUCAUGCCCUUGGACGAGUGGGACAAGUCCAUAGCGUUUCUCGCCUUGGACGAUGCCUCCUUUAUCACGGGCCAGACGUUAGCAGUGGACGGUGGACGCAGCGUUAUGUGUCCACAAUGAGGAUGCAAGUAUGGAAGCAGAGGCGUUUGAAUGUAAGCACAUUUGGAAGGCUAGCAAAGACUUGCAAACAAACUGCUGAGCUAGCUAGAUUAUCCGCAGUACAUAUCUAUAGCCUUGAUGCUGUUUUCAUAAUGACUGUGUUGCAAAUACUUACACAGUGCAAAAACAAACCAACUGUUCAUUGAGG